UCAAACGACUAGAUAGUACACCCUUGAACUUCUCUAGGUUAUAUUUCUCACGCGGUAAACCCUGUACGUACGGAUCCUCCAGUUGAGUAAAUUGUUCGGUUCGUCCGCAUCCGACUCGUUUUCUCCUUUCGAAUCGACCGGAAAUCAUCCUGCUAACCUUCGUCUUCUUCCUCUUGCUCCUAUUCGCUAUUCUAUGAGGUCAAAAUCGUAUUGAUAUUGAUCGAAGCGGUCCCAUGAUGCGACGAGCAUUAUAAAAGAAAAAAAAAGAGGAAGACUUUCCAGAGCUCCAUAAAAUGUCGCAUUCGAAUAAUUCGAACAGUAACAGCAACAGCAACAGCAACGUUAUUCCGGUGACCGAAGUAUACUGGUCUCUGGUGGAAAAGGCCGACAAGAAGUUCUCCAAGAUCAGGGAUUUGCCCCACUACCAACGCAACAGGUAUGAUGUGUACUUCUAUAAGGUAUUUAAGGUCUACACGCAGUUGUGGAAAUUUCAACAGGAGAAUCGGCAAAAGCUAGUGGAGGCAGGGCUCAAGAGAUGGGAGAUUGGUGAGAUUGCAUCUCGGAUUGCACAACUUUAUUUUGGGCAGUAUAUGCGGACAAGUGACGCGAGUUACUUGUCAGAGUCAUAUAUAUUCUAUGAGGCAAUAUUGACUCGGGAGUACUUCAAGGAGGGAUUGUUCCAGGAUGUCAAUCUUGCGAACAAGCAAUUAAGGUUUCUUGCUAGAUUUCUUGUGGUGUGUUUAGUCUUGAACCGGCGAGAAAUGGUUCACCAGCUGGUUAACCAGCUGAAAUUGUUGGUUGAUGAGUGCAAGAGGACAUUCCAGGAAACCGACUUUAAAGAAUGGAGGCUGGUGGUUCAAGAAAUAGUUAGAUUUUUGAAAGCUGACACAGCUUUCAUGAACAUCAGGCCCUUGAGAUAUAGUCUUUUUGUGGACCCUCAUCCUGAUUCAAUACCGCAUCUUCCACCAUCUAUUGCAAGGAGAAACUUAAGAUUACGAGAUGCGAUAUUGAGCAGCUACCAUACUAAUGAGGUCAAGUUUUCAGAACUUACUCUCGACACUUUUAGGAUGCUUCAGUGUUUGGAGUGGGAGCCUAGUGGCUCUUUAUACCAGUCGAGUGGUACAAGAAUGGGCCAAAAUGGUGCCCCAGGGCCUUGUCGUAUGAACUAUUCCCAGAAUAUCACCGAUCCUACUUUGCCACCUAACCCUCGGAAAGCCGUUUUGUAUCGUCCAUCUGUGACACAUUUCAUUGCAGUUUUGGCCACGGUUUGUGAGGAGCUCCCCCUUGAUGGGAUUCUCUUAUUAUAUUUGUCAGCUUCAGGAAGUGGUGGACUUGCUAUUUCAUCUCCAAGGGGUGCUGAAACUUAUGUAGACGCAAAAGGGAAUUGUGCCAGGAAGUUUCAGUCGGAUGCUAUCUAUACUGAUGAAAACCCUGUUUCACCUUUCAGCCUCAAUUGUGAUAGCUUGAACCCUUCUUCCCUGCGAAGUCAAGGAGAUUAUACGAACUCCUCUGGCUGCUUACAAUUUGGAACUCGUGGAAAUGGAGGAUUAAACUACAUUUACCCAUGUGACUUUGUUCCAUUUACAAGAAGACCUCUAUUUUUGGUUAUUGACAGUGACAACAGUGAAGCAUUCAAGGCUAUAGUUGGAGCAGAAAAAGGAGAGCCAGUUGCUAUGCUUCUAUCUCCAAGCUCUUCAUCUCCUAUUGCUGCCGCUGAUUCAUCUCAUCACCCAAGUGGAAGCCUAUUCACAAUUUUUCUCACUGCUCCAUUGCAGGCUUUUGGUCUGCUGCUUGGUCUCUCUGGUUCUGACAUCGAGAUGGAGACCUUUAACAAGGCUGAAAAACUGCUUUCCUUAUCGUUAAGUGACUGGGGAUUGACUUUGAUAAGGUCAGACACCCUAAAUCCAGUUUGGGCGCAGACACUAAGUGAUCCAUUCCUACGACGACUUCUCAUAAGAUUCCUCUUUUGUCAGGCAGUGCUAAUGCUGUAUGCUCCAACCUUCAAUAAGAAGGAAUUCCAUCCUAUGUGUAUGCCUCCUCUUCCUUCGGCUGUUCUGCCAACAGCCACCAAUUCUCAAAUAGCAGUAAUGCAGAUAGCAAACAUCUUUGGUGCUGUGAACAGUUUUAUCUUCUCAGAAGGGGUGAAGCUUCCUGAAAAUAGACAUGGUGAUGAUAUGGAUGUGAUUUCAAGUUAUUGAAAGCACGUCUCUGGGCAGAAUGAGCUUGGAUAUGUAAACAUAUGUAUUUAUUUCGUUGGGUUUCUAAUAUUUUUACGAAAAUGUUUAUUGUACCUUGGGUUUCUGGGUCUGCGCGAUAUACUUGCUCAAAUACUGAGUGUCUGGGUUGUAAAUUUGGCGAUUUGUGUAAAACUGGGAGAUGUUUAUAUAUUCCGAAACUUCAAACAGAAUUUAAAAGAAAAAGGGAAAUGCUUCAGGAUAUAAGCAAUUUUGUCA